AUGGGUCAUUACUCGGAAGAUUACCAGCUCGUUCGUCGACUCGGCUUCGUGUAUGAACCUCGAAGUGCCUUUCGUAUGGCAACAACAAAUAUCGCCAAUAUCACAGCGAAGACUUUUGCUGAGCUUCUCUCCGGACCCAUGAUCGAUAUCUACGUUGGUGCAUCAAAGCGACAUUGGUCGCUACAUCGCAACAUUCUUACCCAUCAUUCCAGCUUUUUCGAGGAAGGAGACGUCCAUGUGGACAGCAAGGUCGAGAGAAGCUCGAUCGAAUUAUUGGAUGAGGAUCCUACUGCCUUUGAACUGCUCGUCAAAUGGCUCUAUCAGGGAAAAAUCGAUGAUGUUUCUACACUUCCAGUUGACCAGAAAUGGAACCAUGCGGAUGCUUGUCAGAAACUAUAUACUUUGUGUCACAAAUUGCAAAUGACACAAUUGAAGAACCUGGCGAUUGAUCAAUUCCGCAAGGGGUGCAAUGAAGCGGGUUUGGUUCCAGGCCCCGAGGAGAUGAGGCCCAUUUACGAGAAAACACCACCUUCUUCUCCAUUUCGCAAGCUUGUCAGCAGGAUUGCUGCCAGACAAAUCAUGGAUCCGGAUGGCAACAAGGACGCCGUGACAUACAGAGAUUGCUUCGAAAGCAACGCCGAUUUCGCAAUAGACGUUAUCAAUGCUAUCAAGGAUGGCGCUGGACCUUCGCUAUUUGACGAUCCAACUGAAGGCAACUCUUGCAAAUACCAUGAACAUGAGAAUGGUGAAACCUGUCAUAAGACAGUCAAAUUCAAGAAGGGCUCCUGA